GGGGGACACAGACGGUGCACAGGCAAGUAGGUGGCUGCCUCUCCCACACACUUCGCAGGGGGCCCUAGGACCAUGGGGAGCAGGCUGACAGAGGCAUUUGGGGAGUAGCAAGCUAUUAGAACCCGUGUGGGCCUCUUCCCUUUCCCGCUCUGAUGUCAGUGAGGAUGAUGAUGGUGACACCGUAUCCCACAGCACACUGGAGGGCAGAGUGAAGGAAGACCAGGCACAACCACUGAAAGAACUGGGACGUGUCACCACUGGAGACAGGAAGCUAAGGGAUAGCCAUGAUACCAGUGACCCCAGGAGGAAAAGGGGAUCGGGACCGGUUUGCCCCACGUGCGCACAGACUCAUCCACAGGAAAUGGAAGGGUUCGUUUCAGACCUUUGGAAAGGAUGUGUGCAUCACGGGUCAGUCGGUGUACCCUGGCCUCCGCACUGUCCCCCAGGAGUGCUUGUGUUGCCAAUGCUAUGCCAAGUUUGGGGGCCACCUGCCUGUGCCCCGGGCUGAUGCGCUGCUGCCCUACUGGGUGCCUCUGUCCCUGAGACCACGAAAGCAGGUCUCGAAGAUGAUGCGGUGUUACGUCCCCAGAGUCGUGAGGUCGUGCCGGUGCUCCUGCCACUGCUUCGGGGGCCAUCUUCCGAUGCCCAGGGACAGGGCCAUCAUGCCCUACUGGGUGCCCCAGGGGCUGAGGUCACAGAAGAAGGUGGUGAAGAGUCUGGAGAAUGUGAAAGACACCCCAGAUUUCCACCAGGACUCAAGCAGAUGGUACGGCUGUUGGCGGGUCUGCGGGAACCAGCAUCUCCUCCUCAAGUGGCAGCGGCUCCAGGCCCUUUAUCAAGAUGAGCUGCCAGGUCUUCAGGAGGACGGGCCCCAAGCUGGCCGCUUAGGCCUCCUCCUACCCGUCAGCUUCAAUCUCCUGACCCUGCUGCAGGCGGUCCUGAGGGUCAUCAUGGCCAUUCGUCAUUUGUUCUGGGACUGAAUUGAAGUCUUCAGCUACUGUCAAGGUCCUCCGGAAGAGUGUCAGUCCCAAUCGUGGUCCCUCAAGGGAAGCCCUGGGCUCAGGAGGAUUCUGUGACACUCGCUGUUUCCACACAAGAUAAGAUCUGCGCCCGUGGUCCAAUCUGAGCUAGGAACCGUCACAUGACUGCUGGUUGAAGGGGGGCUGGUACGAAUGUCCGCACGAGUCUGUUGUGAAUGCAGCCAAUAAAUGUUAUUUGUGAAACUCU